AUGCGCCCCUUCAUGAUCGAAAAAAUGCCUUCUCUUGCAUGGAAGGCCAUCUGUGAAGAAAUGGAAUUCAUGGAUUUGUAAGAGCAUCUUCCAUUUCCCCCGUUCAUUUUUCUCAUUUUCAGAUUGAAUCUCUCACUUUGCUCCAAAAAUUGCAAACAAAAUAUUUCGUGGUGUCGCAUCAAAGUGAACACUUUUUGUUUCGAAGCGAACAACAAAGGACACCUUACUUUCAACAUUUCGACAGCCAGAUUCUGCGCAGGUGAGUAUGCAACUCGUCAGUAUCGAAUGCUUUGUUUUCAGUCAUUUCUUUCCGCGAAUCGACUGCAAUUGACGUGGAAGACGAUUAUAUCGUUCCGCUUGAAAUCAACCAAAUCCCUUUGAGAUUGUCGUUUUCCUCCAACCGAAUUACCAAUAUCCGCACCGCCAACUCUCUGUAUUUCUACUCUCAAAACGUUUUUUCGGAAGCCAAUGCGUUCAUUUCGCAUCUUCUGGAAUUGUUUCCAUCUCCCGUCAAAACCGUUGUUUUGACUCCGGAAGACAGUGAAAUGAUGGGAGUUUUACUCAGAUUUCCAAGCAUUCAGAAGGCCGAAAAUCUCGAGUUGAAUGCUCGGAAAAUGAAGAGAAAUGAUGUGGAAACCCUGCUGGGAACAUUGAAUUCUUUGAAAACGAUCAGAUUGGAAGAGGCUGAAAAUUGGUUUCAAAUGUCUUUCAGUUUGAAAUACGAAGAAAUUCUGGUGGAAGGCACUCAAAUAACUGCUGAAAGCAUUAAUGAAUUUCUGAAAAAUUGGAAGGAGAGUUCAGAUGAGUCACUGAAAUAUUUGGAAAUUAAUCUGAACGAACCGGUUGACGAACGCGCUCUUUUGGAAAGUUUGGAAGUUAAACGAUGGGAUCGAGAGAAGAGAAACGGACAUUAUUUGUGAGUCAAAGUGUGAUUUUCUUCCAAUCCACAAUAUUAAUUUCAGGCGAAAAGAAGGCGCUGUCCGCAAUUGGGAAAACUGCGAAAACGCCUUUGACCUUGAGAGACCCGACGGCUCCCUCGGUUCUGUAACUAUCAGAAAUCGAACUGUCCGCUUUCUCGUCUGGACUGAACGAUUCCCCUUUAACCGAAUCGAAGCUCAAAUGCUGGACCCCCACUUCGUGCAUUCCCAUCAGCUUACAAGCUUCUCACAAUUGAUGAACAUCUAG